AUGGAUACAAGGUUUCCUGAUUGUUAAUAAGAAGGAAUUAAUAUAAUUUCAAAAGCUCUAUAAAAUUGCUUAAAUAUUACUACCUUGAAGCUUAGAUUAGGCAAUUACAAAAUUGAUCUACUUACUUAAAAGUUUGCAAACACUUUAAAAAAUUUAUUAAAUUUAGAAAGUUUGAAUAUUAAUUUAAGUGAAAAUGAAAUAAAAGCUGAAGGAGCAAAAAACAUUUCAUUUAUACUUCAAAAGUGUUAAAAACUAAAAUCUUUAACUCUUGAUUUAGAGUAAUUUUAAAUACUAAAUAAGUUAAGCAAGGAAGGUGGAACUUAUAUUGCUUAAGGAUUGUAGAGUUGCUCUAACAUUAAUUUUAUGAAUCUUUCUUUAAACAUGAAUUUAUUUAAACGUUUUUUAAAUAUUAGCUCAAAUGAAAUGGGACUUAAAAAAGGAAAGGAUGUAAAAAGUAUCACUGAUUCAUUAUAACUAUGUUAAAAUAUCACAAAUUUAAGUUUAGAUUUAGGGUGUGAGAUUUAUCUCGAAAUCACUUGA